AGGCUAGGACUGCCUUGUCAUUGUAUCCAGAGAGAAACGCGUGGUCAGCGGUACCACCAGCCUCACUGCAGCAUAACUGGUAAGCUGGCAAUUUGGCAAACUAAAACCCACACAGACAAUACUGUGCUGCAGCUGUUUGUUUGUUUUCACACGAACAACCUGAGGUACAUGGUGGUGUGCAAAGUUGGACUUGAUCCCAGACAUGGAUACUGAACAGAUUAUUGAGGUUUUAGAUACGUCAGAGACUCCACAGCAAGUCGAGACGGUAAUGGAAAAAGAGGUUGUGUCAAAGCUGGAGCCACCAGAGGAAUCCGGUGAGCCUGAGAAGCCACCAGCUGUUGAGGAAGAGGCCGAGCAGCUGGCAGUGAACGGUCACGAUGCAGAAGUCGUAAAUUUAAAAGAAACAGAAGAGUCGAUUGUGACGCCGUCAGAAGAAAAAACUGAAAUGAAGGUGGAGGAAAGCUUGUUGGCAGAAAAGCCUGACGUGGAGUCUGGGCCUGGUCCAGUGCCACCACCAGAACCAGAUGAGUCAUCCGAAACGAUCCCUGAACCAGUCGUGGCUUUGCAUGCUGAACCAGAAAACACAGAACAGCAGCCUGUGCCAGAGAAGGACCCAGAACCACUGCUUUUGCAGACGCCUCUGGCAGAGAGCGCCCCUGAACCAGAGCCAGAGAAAUUGGCAGAAUCGGUUCCAGAAGCUGAACUGCAGCAAACAUUAACGGAACCAGCCGUGACACAGCAGCCAGCGGAUCCACAGACAACCACACAGGAGGAGAAAGUGUCGGAAAAAGUGGAGACUACAAUGAGUUCUGGGGCAGAAGGAGUUGCCAAAGAGGCAGAAAAAGCGGCGGAGACUGUGUUGGCGACAGAAGUUUCCUCACAAGCUGCAACAUUAAAACAAGAGGCAUCCGUUGAAAGUGGAAUUGUGAAGCCUGCAGAGGACGAGAAGGAAGUUAAACCUGUUGAGUCUGAUACUCCAAAAGGAGCUGAAGCAGCAGCAGCAGAAGGUGAAGCUGGUAAACCUAAGCAGGACGAGGCUGAGAUUCAAAAGGAAGAAGAUGUAGUCCCUGCAUCCGGCUCCCUGUCUUUUGCCAUUUUAGAACGGGAGCAGACCAAAGAUGCUCUGCGAGUGUCUCGCACCCUUGUUGUCAUCAGAGGACUUCCAGGAAGCGGCAAAAGCUUCUUGGCACGUGCCAUCGCCGACACCUACAAAGACAACUGCUCCGUCAUCCGCGCUGAUGACCAUGGUGUGAAGCCAGAGAGUCCAGAAUCCUCUGCUGAUGGGUACAAAGCUCUGGAUGAGGCCGUGGUAGCGCGCUGCAGCGAGGGAUCAAGUUCAACUGCCGUGAUAGUGGUGGAUGACACCAACCACACUCAGGAUCGCCUGGCCCGCCUCGGGGAGCUCGCGGAGCAACACCAUUUUGUUGUCGUCUUCUUGGAGCCACAAACCGAAUGGAACAGAGACGUAGCGCAGCUGGGCAAGAAGACGAAGCGUGGCCUGGAGGAGGCCCAACUGGAAGCAAUGAAAGCCUCACUGGAGGAAAUGUCCCUCCCUCUGUUCUUUGGCUGGUUUCUUCAGUCCUCUGCCCAGGAGAAGGUUAGGUGCACAUCAAUGGACUUCCUGAAAACACUGGACACCUUGGAAGUCUUCAAGAAACACCUGAGUGACUUCACGGGAAAAGCUGAGAAGGAGGUGGACCUGGAGCAAUACUUUAAAGCCAAUUGGACCCUCCAUUGCACUACCAAAUUUUGUGACUAUGGAAAAGCAGAGGGGGCUAAAGAGUAUGCACAGACUCCAGCUGUUAAAGAUUUCUAUGGCGCUGCAUUCGAGCUGUCACUGAGUGCCCUCUUUGUCACUCCUCGCACUGUUGGUGCCAGAGUGUCCCUCACAGAGGAGCAGCUCCUGCUGUGGCCAGCUGAUGCCGAAAAGGAGGCAGGGUCUGCUGUCCCCGCAGCUGCCUCCCUGCCUCUGGGAAGCCGCGCCCAUGUCACUCUGGGCUGUGCGGAGGGUGUGCAGCCAGUUCAAACAGGUCUAGAUCUGCUUGAAAUCCUGGCCCUGCAGCAGGAGGGCCAGCAGGGGGAGCUGGUCGAGGAGAUGGAGCUGGGCUCGCUGGCCUAUUUCGGCGAAGGAAGGUGGCUGCUCAGCCUCAGAGAGCCCAUUGGCGCGCUGGCCUGCUUCUCCAGCUCCUAUGGGCGCAAGGAUAUCGAGCCGGCCAAAAAAGAACCCGAGAAGAAAAAGAAGCCGAAGUGCUCCAUACUGUAAACGGCAGUCGCGGUGGGGAGGGGGAUGCGUGGUCUAGGAUGACUGGUGGAUCAAAACUUAGGCUAACUUUGUGAAAGGUUUGUGUGUUUGUGCAGUGUUUAGGGUUUCAGUUAUAGCCGCCCUAAAUCCACAAGCUGUGUGCCUUUACUCUUUAUUUGCACCACAACCUAAGAUGCCUUCAGUAGAGUUAGGCUUCUUGUUGUCAACACGGUUCAGUAUUUUCUUUCAUGUGUCAGUGACAGAGUUGCAGAACCAUCCUGGUAAUCAAGGUCUUGUUAGCUGCAGUUUUCAUAGUAUAGCCUCCUCCCACAAAUCCAGCUUUCUUCAUCAGUAUACAUCAGUGUUUCUCAAUAUUCAGAUGGGAUAAACUAGGUACUUUCAUUGCAUGCAUCCCUGGUUAACACAUAUAAAAUCAUUAUUCACCUGCUAAAAGUAGCUCUGCCACUCUGACAGAUUUUGUCUGGUAGUUGUAUGUUAUAAAAAAAAAUAGCCGUCACUUGUGUGUGUGUGUGUGUUUGCUCAGCCUAGGAAGUAAUUGUAACAACAGCAUAUGGGCCAAAGUUAUGAUUUUGAUUAAGUGUAUUAGACUGAAUGUCAUUGAUAGAGAUGCUUCCUUGUUAAACCUUUGCACUGUGCAUAGUUUGAAAGGGCGAAUGCUGAUGAUUCGGGCAUUUGUUUCAACAGCUUGCACUUAGUACUUAUCAGAUGCUGUGAAUCCAAGUCCACGUUUUGCAAUCUUUUCUACUGCGCAAUGCUGCCAUGAUCCCUUUUAUUCACUUUGAAAAGCACUUCUCAUUUCAAUUUGUAUCAUUUGUGACUGUAGUUUUUCGAAGGGCAAGUCCUACUUUGUGCGAAUCACUAUUUUUGCACUUGUUUUGUACACUUAAUAAAAAAGAAUGUGCUUUGCUCCAGUCA